AUGGAGAGCAACCGAAAACGUGUUUGCAGUUCGCUGAUAUGUGAUAACAGCGCGGGUUGUUCCAUUUCGAAACGUCCUUUAUUAGAAGACCAAACUGUGAACGCAUUUACAGAAUGGUGUUUUGAUUUGUCAGAUACCAAAAGUGACAAGGGUUGGAUCACACUCUUACUCAGCAUUUUACACGAGUAUAACAACCCGAACUCAAAGUGGAGGCCUUACUUUAAUCUUGUUCCUGACUUCAAGCAUUUAGAACUGCCACUCUUUUGGUCAGAGACCAAUCGGACAGAAUUACUACAAGGAACAGACAUCAAAAAAUUGGUGGAGUCAGACUUGGAAUCAAUCAAUUCCGAUUUCAACAAUGUCAUUUUGCCUUUUGUGAAGAAACACCCGGAUGUUUUCGCGCCCAAAUGUCAAAGCUUGAAGUUCUAUCACAAGAUGGUGGCAUUUGUGAUGGCUUAUAGCUUCAUGGAACCCACCAACCCUAUGCUCGACAGCUCCGAUGAGGACCAAGUCACUGCACCCCCCAUGAUGGUUCCUGUGGCAGACAUCCUUAACCAUGUUGCCAACCACAAUGCUGAGUUGUCAUACGAAGUGUCUUGCUUAAAGAUGAUUACCGUGAAAGAUAUUCAGAAGGGAGAAGAAGUGUAUAACACGUACGGAAUGUUAAGCAAUUCUCAACUGCUACACAUGUAUGGGUUUGCAGAACCAUAUCCCAAGAACGUGAAUGACACAGUUGAAAUCCCAAUAAAAAUCUUCCAAGAGAGUGCAGCUGAAUUGCCAGUUCAUGCAGACAAUGAAGAAUUGUUACAACAGAAAUGGCAAAUGAUGUUAAUGUCUAAUAUCAUCAGCGAGGAUGAUUCCUUUCUACUCGGCAUGCGGGGUUUCCUUACAAAAGACGAACUGAUCCUAUUUCUUCAGAUUUUAUUUCUGAAUGAUUCAGAGUUUGUGACUUUGAAAACAAAAGACAGUUUCCAGAUUGAUCCAAAUGUUGUAAAUCAAACAAAUAACAAUGACAACGAUAAUGAUGACGAUGAAGACGAAGACGAAUGUGAUGACAGUUACGAUGACGAUGAAGAACUGCUUCAUUUUAAAGAUCUUCGAAACUUAUGUCCUUCCUGGAGAAAGCUACUCACUCAGGCUGCGGAAAAGUGUUUGGCCCGGUACACAACCACUUUGGAAAAAGAUUCCACCACCCUGCUUUCAGAAAAUUUUGACGAUUUACCAGCGUUCAAAAGAUUUGCAUUCUACACCACCUACUCUCAGAAGAAAAUGUUAGAAAAGCUUAUAAAAUAUUGUCAGUGUUGAAUAAAUGCUGAAAUUAA